GGAUUUAUGGAGGUUCUUUUUUUGUGACAGUAUAAUGCUUAAUCUUUAGUCAUGGCUGGAACAUUCUGGCGUCUCCAAAAGGCUCGGCAUGAUGCGACCAUCUUUUAGAAAAUAUUCUGUCAGUAGGAUUUCGAAUAUACUAAAUCCUUGAAUUCACUGAGCCAGUGAAUAAUCGUGGAGGACGCUGUCUACAAGAAAAUACAUAGGCAACAACGGCAGCACACAGGCCGUCAUGGAGAGCAACUCCUUGGCCCGACAGGUGGAGAGCGUGGAGAGGAGCAUCACCUUUCUGCGGCAGGAACAGCUCACACUGCUGCAUGGCCUGCACUUGGAGAUCCUCAGCCUGGAGAAGCGCUGCACAGAGCUGACCUGUGAGCUGAAUUCGAAGCCACCAGGACGAUCUCAAGCAGAUGCGCUGGAGGAGGAGGAGAUGCUGGAGGGACGCUGCCAAGAGGUGGAGGGGCGUCUAGCCAAGCAGCACAGCACCCUGGAGGAGCUGCAGAAUGAGCUGUGCCACAGGGGGGCGCUGGUGGGCGCCCUGAGGGCCAGCCUGAAGGGCAAGGAGCGCAACUUCCUGGAGGACCUGAAGAAGCACAGCCACCGCAGCACCGUGCUCACCACUGAACUGCAGAAGCAGACGGAGGCCGCCACCUACCUGUCCAUGCAGCUGCACUCGGCCAGAAAGAAACUCAAGCAUCAGCAUCAGCAGCAACAGCAGCAGCAGCAGCACCACCAUCACCACCACAGGCAGCGGGUCACUCACCAGGACCCUCAGGAACCCACGGGAUCCGCCUCACCCGGCCCCAGCGGCGCGGUGGCGAAGCCCAAGCGACGCAGCGCUGGCAGCAAGCACUUGGCAACGACGCACAUCCGGGCCGAGCGGGCCAGGGAGUGUGUGCCGCGCGAGAAGGUGACGGGCCCAGAGGAGCCCAAAGCCAUGCCCGACCCAGCGCUCUUCUUCUACCCGCACAGACACAGGGCCCGGAGCCGCCACGGGCUCAGACUGCCUCUGGAGGAUCUAGUGGAUGCUGAGGUCCCAGGCCGGGUGGCCCCUAUCUUAGCAGCGCCGCCCCCGACAGCCACCAUUGCGGCUGAGAGCAAGGCGGAAUAAAUAGCCUGCUUUAAAUAACCACCUCUUUACAUUAUCUUAAGGACUGCUUCUAUUUAUAUUGUUUACCUCGGUCUUGCACCUUGACGUAUUAGAGAAUUGUUUGCAAUAUGACUCCUUUAUGUUUGUUUGGUAGGUUUUAUGUCAUAUUAAGAUAUUUAGAUUUAUUCAAGGCAAUACUUUGGCCUAGAUUAUUUAUUGUUUAGACUGAUUUCCUGCUUAUGUUUUGUCCACAUGGUCAGCAUAUGUCCAGUUCAGAGAUGCAGCUUCUUUCUCCUGUUUGUUGGUGACAUGACAGGAAGUCCUCAGUCCUCAAGCUCCUCAGUGACUCACAGCCUUAGAUUUCAGCUAUUGUGAUAAUAUUUGCAAACUGUUUCCGAAGCACAUCAGCCCUCAGCCUGGCAUUAAUGAAGAGAAAGUGUCCGAGGGCAUACUUAUCCGAAGAAGUAAGGAAGUAAUGGGCCUGCUUCACCAAUUUUAUUCAUUCAUUGGACACGGCUCUCCAGCGAGUUAAAGUAUAGUGUAGAUAUCAAAGCUUGAAGCAAGAUUUCUGUGCCUGAAAUGAUCAGAAAUUAAGUCAUUAUGUAAAAUUAUGUCAAAUAUAAAGUAACCUGGUCCAUGCCUGAGUUCUGGCACAGUGCCUGAGAACUUUACAUUCUCAUUAGUAUGUGUACUCAUGUGCACCCAAGUGACAAACCUAUGACCUUGGAGAUGUUAGUUAGCAUCUUGUGCUAACAGUUGACCUUCUGGAGCUAGUCUACAUUAUACCAAAAUGUAACUACUGUACAGCUUACAAAACAGGUAAAUGUUGCGCACUGUAAAAGUGCUGUUGGAAAAUAUAACAUGAAAUCAAUGGAAAUGGUGAAAGGGGUAAAGUAUUCCUUUACAUGGGCUGAGGUAUUAGAUGGACUUUGAAUGGUUGGCACUAUUUCAUUGUCUAGACUUCAGAUGUGUUCAUGCCAGAGCAUUUACAAGCGUCUUUUCAUCUGGAUAAUUUGUUUGACUACGGAAAUCAGUGCAGCUGAGCAUUUUAAAGUGUCUCAGUGUUUCACUCUUGCUAGAUUGCUUGUCUUAACUUGCUGUUUGCCAGGUUGUGGUUUGAACAGACAGUACAUUUAGCGUGGCCUUGUAUACGAAGCAGUGGUUUCUAAAAGGCCAGCAGUAUCCUGGAGAUGUCCACUGAAUUGGCAGAAAUGUAUGUCUCACGGAAAGGCUCCUUGAUUAGACAAGAGCAGUUGGAAACUGGUGUGCCGUUUAUCACGUGAGCUGUAUGGGCUUGAGUAGAAGGCUGUUAUCCACUACAUUUAGUCUGUGUGUGGUGUGUAUACACAAAAACUGUUUAUGUAUGUGAGUCCCUGUGUGUUUGUGUGUUUAUAGUGAUAAUGGGAGGACUGCCCUCAGGGAUUAAGGACCAUACAGAAAAUGUGUUUAUGGUACCAUCAAUGCCAUUGAAAAAACUUGCUCUGUUAAACUUAAAUCAUGUUUGUUGUUACAGAAGUUAAAAUCCACACUGCUUGGCAACUGUGGGCCCAGUGCACAAAUUGUCAUCUCAGAUGGCGUUAAAAUAUCCCUGUAAGCAAGUAGGAAUGAACAUGAACAAUUUCUCAUCUCGCUGAUAAAUUAUGCCCUCCAAUGGUUAGUUAGUGCAAUAACAAGUCUCGACACACAGACGCUGAUGAGGCUGUUGGCUGUCUAUGAUAGCUCAUUUUUAUUAACAGUAGUGAAAACAAGUAUUCAAAAUGAUGUAUUCCAAAGGCUGGAUGAACAAUACAGAUCUGCAGUCGCUAAAUUAAUAUACAAUUAAUGCAAUUACAGAAACAAUAUAACCGCCAGAAGCUCAACAAGCUGAAGAGUGGGUCACCAUUUAGGUUUGUUGUGGUUUUCUUAGACCAGGAUGUGAUCUUGUGCUGUGUGAGUGUGCUGAUCAAUGUGCAGUUAUAUAUGAUAGAACACAGAGCCUUAUAUACUCACUAGGCCGUAUAUACUAAUGUCAGUGAUUGUUAUAUCAGUUAUAUCCGUAUUACUAAAGGAAAUCAUUUUGAUACUACUUACUACACUAAUUAUGAUAUAGAAAUGCAUAAGGAUGCAGGAUUUUGUAAACGUUUGUCAUUAUGUAAUUUUGGUUUCUUCUCACACAUGAAAACUAGUUUUUAUUUGAUGAAAUCUGAGAUGACUGAUUGCACUGACUAACUGGAGUGUAACAGAAAGAACAGGUGUCUUUUAGGGCAGAAAAGCUGUCUUUUGACAGCUUAAUAUUUUCAAAUUAGGUCAUUCUAGGACAGGAACUUUGAGUUGUUUUUACAUGUUGGUAUACAAAGUUCAUGUCUUUGGCUUUAUGGUGUGUAGCAUCACAGAUGUUUAAGUGGUCUAGCUAUGCAGCUAAAACUAUUCUUUUUUUGGUAAACAAGUAAUCAGCCUGGUGAAAGCUCUGCAUGACUUGCACAAAGAAGGCACUAAAAUGGUUGCACUGUUUCAGAAGCUUUAUAUGCUCUUUUGCAGAUGUAGUUUUCUAUCACUGCUUUCAGUGCAAGCUCUUUGCAUUGAUUAUUAACAAACUAAAUGUUGUAAUAUGUUCCUUUGUUACAUUGAAGGCCUAUUUGAUUUAGAGUUUUCUGUAGUCUCCAUGUCUUUUUUUCUUUAAUAGGAAGAUUUUUUAAUGACCUCAAGUAUGACUGAUGCAUGUUGUCUGGUAAGAGAACUUCAUGCUGAAUGGGUUGGAUUUUUGGUUUAAUAUUAAUUCUUUCAUUAAGGAAUGUAUGUCAUGAUUGUCACAUCCUAUGUCAAAUGUGCUGUUCAGUUGAAGAUUACGUCACUUGCUCUUCAGUCUUCCUCUUAAGUGAUGGACAAUAAAUACUCAGCCAGUUCUGAUUGAACACGGGUAAUGUGACAUUCAAAAUGUAAUUUUGGAUGGAUAUGGGUCCGAAUCAUAACCAAAAACAGUUCACACAAUGCAGAGUCUGUGUAUUGUUUUCUAGCAAUAAUUUGCAUUGUAGUUGUUUUUGCACAGGCAAGAUAUGCAGUAAACAGCUUAACACU